ACUAAACGCUUAAGUAGUUCUUCCUCACGCCUUCGACAUUCGUUACCGAGACUCCCUCCUACAUCUUCUGUAUACAUUCCGACUUCCUUUCUUCUCUUCUGUACAGGUCGCAUAUUCUUCUGUCUGCAUACUUUCUGUUCCACUCGGAGGUUCAUUGACUUUUUCUUCUCAUGCAACUUGUAUUUUUUGUCCCCGCCUUUUAUUUUACGCGGUGUGUUCUUCGUUCCUCUUUCCUGCAUGAUUUUCAUUUGCUUCAUAAUACUGGGUUUAGGGAUAGAGACUUCACAGAAGGCGAAGCCGGAAGCGGCUUGUGUAUUUUUUUUUUCUGUUAAUCGUCUGAAAGCUGUCAAUCCAAGAAAUAUUGAAGACGAUACCUUGUGUGUAUCAGCACUGUCAUCGAUAUCCAGCACGAGUUCUGCGCUAUAA